UGUGAUGUCACAAGGCUGCGCCGCGCUCCUGUUGUGAUUCGACUAAAGGUCUGUGUUUUAAGUGUUAAAAUCCGUACAAACCGUUCAGUCCAUUUUGUAUUUUACAAGCGAUGUAGAAUUAAUUAUUUAUUUAAUAUAACAUAGUAAUGCUUUAUUCAUGCGUGUUGCUUUUUAAGAGUAAAACGUGUUGACGCGCGAGUAACACAAAAGGAGCGUCUCAUUUCUUCGCGAUAUCGUGAAUCAGUUUAUCAUAAACAUGAAUUCAGUCACUCGCUGCCAAGUAAUGACGGAGAAACGGAGCUUUUUGAACUCCGAGUCAAUUGAACUAAAUGCUUCGCAAAACGAUUCAGUGAUUCGAUUCGUUCGAAUCACCGCGCGCUGAGGAGACAUGCUGGUCAAAACAGUGUAAAUGCAACGAGAAGAACAAACACAAACAUCUGAUGAGAACUUUGCAAACAAACUACUAAUGUUUAAUUAAAGUGCAGUCUAUUAGACUAGAUACCAGUAUAAAUCAUACCAAAAUACAUUUUCAAUACAAAUUGUGUUCUUUUAUUCAUUUGAACUGCUGGAUUUUGAGUGUUUUUGACUAAUCAGAUCAAUAAGGCCAUUAACUCUCAAUCUGACUGACUCUCACUGAACUACUGAACUAGAGCUAAUUGAGUAAAACUCUGAUAUUAGUUUGGAUUUGUUUAUUUUUGUUAACUAUUAUCACCUUAAACAUGAGAGACUGUCAAACCAUAGGUCCAAACACAGAAAAAAACUCCUGAGAUCCACAUGACACACUGUUAUAAAGAUGGAGUUCAUUAAAGAGGAGAGUGAAGACAUGAAGAUUGAAGAAACAUUCAGAGUGAAAGAAGAACAAACAGACAUGAUGCCACUGAAAGAGGAGAGUCAAGAACUGAAUGAAACGGAGAAAGAUCAGUAUGAUUUCAUAACUAGAAAAAAAUCUUUUAGUUGCUCAGAGACUGAGAAGACUAAUGCACGAAAAAGAGCUCAAAAGACAGGAACCGGAAGUUAUUUCACCUGCCAACAGUGUGGAAAGAGUUUCACUCAACGUGGAAGUCUUAAUGUCCACAUGAGAAUUCACACCGGAGAGAAGCAUUUCGCCUGCAAACAGUGUGGAAAGAGAUUUCAUCAAAAAGGAAACCUUAAAGUCCAUAUGAGAGUUCACACCGGAGAGAGCUUUUUCACCUGCCAACAGUGUGGAAAGGGUUUCAACAGAAAAGAAAACCUAAAAGUCCACAUGAGAAUUCACACUGGAGAAAAGCCGUUCACAUGCAAACAGUGUGGAAAAAGUUUCAGUCGAAAAGAAAGCCUUGAAAGCCACAUGAUAAUUCACACUGGAAUGAUGCCUUAUGCAUGCUCUCAGUGUGGAAAGAGUUUCACACAUAAACAAACUCUUAAUGCCCACAUUAGAAUUCACACUGGAGAAAACCCUUACAUAUGCUCUCAGUGCGGAAAGAGUUUCGAUCACCUUGGAAACCUUAAAAUCCACAUGAUAAUUCACACUGGAGAAAACCCUUUCACCUGCCAACAGUGUGGAAAGAGUUUCAAUCGAAAAGGAAACCUUCAAGUCCACAUGAGAAUUCACACUGGAGAGAGCCCUUUCACCUGCAAACAGUGUGGGAAGAGUUUCACUCAAAAUGGAAGCCUUAACAUUCACAUGAGACUUCAUACUGGAGAGAAGCCUUACACGUGUCUUCAAUGUGAAAAGAGUUUCACAUAUCAAAGAGAUCUGAAACUGCAUUUGCAAACUCAUUCUGAAAAUUAAUUGCAGUGUUCCUCAGUGCGGUAAAGAGGUUUACAUAAACAAAGCAAUUACACACGCAAAACUCACAAAAAAAUCGAUCGCUUUAUAUGAUGAACAUGAAAUUUAGGCUUUUAUUCACAUAUAAACAUCAGUGAACAUAAACAAGCUCACCCAAAACUGAUGGGUGCGAACUUACCUCAUUGGUACCUGCCCUUUUAGCAAGUAUGCAUGAGUUUCCAUUUAUCAUAAUUCUGUGCGUUGAUGAAUGUUUAUUAGUAAAAGCCAUCAUAUAAAGCGAUCAUGUCUCUUCCGAAAAUUUGGACGAAACCAUUCAAUUCAUAUGGAUUAAUUUUACAAUCUCUUUAUGAACUUUUUGAAGCAUCAAAGUGGUAGUUGCGUAGCUGUCAAUGCAGGAACAGAAAUCAGAUUUGCUCAGGUUUUAUUAAAAAUAUCUUAAUUUGUGUUCCGAAGAUGAACAAAAGUCUUAUAGUUGACAUUUUGGUAGAAUAAAUUAAGCGGUUUCAUACUGAUUACAUGUUUGUUGUGGAGUACCACAAGGCUCAGUAUUAGGACCAUUGCAUUACUGAAUGGUAGUCCUGUAAGCUUAAUAAACUCCAGCUAUUCUAACAUGCAGCAGCAAGAGUGCUUACUAGAACCAAGACUAUAUUAUAUAUUAUAGCCUUAAACUGCUGAUCUUAAUUACCUUGCUAAUAAAAAUAGUGUUUUCACUAUAGUUUGCAUAUUCAUAUCCAUUGCAGAAUUGAUGUUAUGGUUCAUUCAAAUGAUCGCUGGACGGUUCAUUUGCUUGGUCGUAAAAGUAGUGAUUCAUUCAAAAUUCCCUAUAAAUGAAUUAAUAAUUCCAUUUGAGCUAAAUUGACCUGUUUCCCUUACAGAUUGUUAGGCUGCAGCAUUAAUUAGGGCAGCCAGAACAAGGAACACUUAGCAUAAUACCCAAAUGUACUUGUUACACCAUGAAUUCCAUUUAUAUUAGUAUGUCUGUCUCAUCCUUAUCCCAAAGAAUUCAGCUUGAUCUGAUCCGUAGCCAGACUAGAUGUUGGACCUGCACCCAGGAAUGUCCACAACAGGAAUGCAUUGUGUUUGAUUUGGUAUGAUUGAGGAGUGGCUGUGGAAAACAGUCAAUUUCAGAUGGAGGAAGAUCAGCUCUAUUUGAGUUUCUACUAAAUGGGCAGAGUUCUUGGGUAUUACGUCCAUCCAGGGUUAAGUGGCAACAAAUAAAAGGGAAAAAUAAAACAUCUCCCUGCCCAGUCACUGGACAAAUUAAAAAAUAAAAUGUUGAGAGCUUCAAAAGAAAAACCAGUGGAUGUAUAAACUUCAAGAUGACCCACAGCCCAAAAUAACAUACAAAAGAGCUUUCUCCUGCUCUAUGGCCCUUUCGAUCAUUUGUUGCCUGGAGGCCCAUCUUGUUGUAGCAGUUAAUGAGUUUAUGACCAGGCAAGCCAAGUUGUGCCUUAGCGAUGGCCAGUUCACGCUGUCUUUUCCAAGUUUGAGAAGGCACUCAUGAAUCUCUUGCAGACCCCAACCGCAUGAUCAACCUGGUGCACCUUCACACCUCUCUCUGUUUAGAUACAUAAGAAAAGUGGUGUGUGUAAGCAUGCUGUAAUAUUAGCAGUUGCGCUGUAGUUGUUUUUCUGCUCCUCUCUUCUUCUUUUCAUCACUAAUGCUCAAUCAUCACUCGAUUUAUUAACUUCAACACUGCUUCAGUGUUACUUUUUUACAUUCUGAGUAUGGACUCAUAAACAACAGUAUUAGUUUAACACUUGGGAUUUUGUUUUUUGGAUAAUGCUUAGCACUUUUCUUUCUUUAAUAUUAUAAUUCAUGAAUAUUCUUCUUCAUGGAUCUUUUUUAUUAAUUUAUUCUGCCUCUUUAAAAUUAUAAUGGCCUCUGUUGUCAACAAAAGGAUUGAGAAGUUGGAUAAUUUGUUCUUUCUCCACCCACAACUUGUCCUCCAUUGUAGGCAGAAUAUAGACAAAGCCCAGUUAAUUAUUUCUCCUUGGAAAUUGCAUUUCAAACCCAUCAAGAUCUGAAUCAGUGACAAGGCCAACAAACUCCCUACUAGACUUCUUCCCUUUGUAAGUGAUCAGCAGGCAAUUGCCUGUCUUUUAUGUUGCCCAAUGAUACCUUAAGUCCUAAAAAUAUGCCCUAAAAGAUGGCAAGCAUGAAGGGCCAAAUUAAUUUGUUGUUUUAUUGGUUGCAAGUCACAAAUCUAAAUCAGAUGUGAGACAUGCUUUGCAACCUUUUUGUCAUAAAGUGCCCUUUAUACCCAUAUGUAUAAAUACGCAAACAUAUUUUUAAUAUUAACAUCAAAUUAGUGCAGAACUAUUUCUGAAGCAAUUUUUCUUAAAAUUAUUUUUAAAUUUGUCAGAAUCUUUUGUUUGUUUCCAGGUUUAAAUUAGACUUUGAAGAACAGAUUUCCAAUUGGAAAUACAUCUACGCUAAUACAUCUUCCUCGUCUCUGGAAGGAAAUUUCACAUAUGUGUCAAUUCGGCGACACAGGGCUAAGGCCACUCGAUGGACAGCUCUGCAGACAGUGGAUUUGUGUAUAUUUUUUUUAGGUGGGACACAACCAACGUCACCUGUCCCAAGUGCCAGUGCUACAGCUGAUGAUGAUACAGCAGGUGAGUUUUCAACAAUCCCAGAUCAAGAUAUUUAUAUGGAUAAUAAACCAUGCCUUUUGUGAGUUUUUUUUUUUUUUUUUUUUUUUUUUUUUUUUUUGACAGACAGUUGAAUUACCUUCUAAUAUGACAUCUAACAUGGCUAGCUUUUAUUAUUAUUUUUAUUAUUAUUUUCAUCUUUAAUAUCUGAGGUCAAAGCUGAUUCUUCCCAGUCUGCCAUAAAUAUAUUGGCGUAAAAGGGUGCAAAUUUCUUGCCCAUUGCUGUCCCCUUAUUUGUCUACUAAUUUGAGAAUAUAUUGAUCUGGCCUUUUUACUUUUCCAUAAACUUCUUUACAGCUUUGAGGCCUACCUCAGUUUCUAUAUUUGUGUAUAUAUAACUAUCUAUAUCUAUGGUGAAGAGAAAUGCAUCUUUAGGUAUUUUUAAUUUUAGAUAUGAAAUCAUAGGUAUCAUUUAAAUAGCUAGGGUGACGUAUAGAUAUGAGGUUCAAAAAAUAUUCUAUAUAUUCAGCUGUGAAAUAUGUCUCACUGGUAUAAUCGGAUACUAUAUUUCUCUGGGGAUGCUCCAUUUUUCAGGCUCUUUAUGAAUUUUGGCCAAUAAAUAAAAUCUUCUAGGCCUGGGAGGGGGGGUCUAUCUCCUAAUAAAUAUUCUUUUUAAGCCCCACUAAUUGUUUUUUUAUCAAGCAUUUCAUCUAAUAUCUCUUCUACCAUAAUUCUAGUUUGUGGGUAUAUUGGUUCCUCUAGUGUGCAGUAGUGUUCCUUCACUGCCAACUGUGUCUGUCCUUCCCAAAUAUAUUGAGUUUUAUCCAUAAUAACUGUUGCUUAUCAGCAGGUUUGAUAAUAAUUUAUCUAAUAAUAACUCUAAGAGGGCUUUUCUUUCACCUCUUGUGAGGUUUUCUGGUGUUUUUAGGCCCCAGUUUAGGUGUUUGUGUGUUUAGUUGUCCGCUCUAAUUAUUUGUGUAAUCCGCUUUGGGAGGCUGGAUCUGAAGCUCUCGUGAAGGGAAUUUUUUUGUUUUUGACUCUUUUUACCCUCAAAGAAAUUUAAUUCUGCGGUGGUAGGCCUGCAUAUCCUUCAUCAACUGAAACGUUUGAGUUUUAACUCCCAUAGGUGUGGGGAUGAAAUACGUUGUUCUUAAGAUAAUAAUUAACAAUGAAUUUAUUUUGUUCCUGUUUUGGACUCUCAAAAAAAUCAACAGUGUUGUAGUAUGGCUUUGGCCAUCAGAGCUCUCCAGUGUAUCCAUCACUUUGGACCAAAAAUUGUUCUUGGGGAGUGGUGGGACAUAACUGGUAAUAAUUUGCUCAUAAAGUGGUAGUGUUCUAGCAAAAUUGAUCAUUGGAAAGAACACCUCUGUUUUGGGCAGUCUCUUGCUUUUGCACAGAGCUUUGCAGUUCAGUGAUAGCUGCAAUCCUAUACCUCUGUUGUUAAAACUAAUGGUGAUAACUAAUAAACUAAUAAAAGUUUGCUGCGUGAAACUCAACAUUUUUUCUGUUCAAGCCACAAUGCGACGUUUCGGUACAGGUAGUACCUUCUUCAGGCUGGCUUGAAAUAAUUUAUAAGAAAUACUGGUAUAAUAUGAAGAAACAAUGAAAAUAAUAGGCGUUCGUGAAUAGUUGACCAUCCGCAGCUGUAGUAAAUCAGCGAGUGAGCUCUGUGGGUAUCCAACCCUUUAAAUAAUAUUUCCAUGGCUGUUGCCCAGGUCGUGCGUAAAAGUGUUAAAAUACUAACUGUUGUACUGGUUGUGCUUUCCGUUACCGCUCACUAAUUAGCCAUUGCCUAGGUAGCAUUUCCUUAUUUCUGAGGAUCCUGAGUAAACCCCAAGACUAUGAUGAACCUCAUUUUAUGAGUCUUGUUGAAACAUUUAAAAGAUUGUUUCAGCAAAAAAAAGCUAAAGUGCAGACGAAAAUAGAGUGAAUUCUCAUGCUUCCUCUGUCCCAGUUAAACCAGUGACUUGGUAUAAUGGCGACAGUCCAGGAAUCCUGAAAUUCCACAACAGCAAAGGACAGCAUUUUGCUAGACAAAUUAAUUCCAUAAUGUCAGCAGUCAUGUAGCAGAGGCACGGCUACAAAAGCUUCAUUAUAUGGUAAAAGAACUAUUUUGUUUGUGAAUUAUCACAGGUAUAACUUGCAGUUCCACUCUCAAGUCCAAGUAAUCCAUGUACUAGUCUGAUUCCAAAAGCUGAAGAGUCAAUAGGAUAAUGAUAAAAUGUUUCUAUGUUUGUAAAGAAAUCACACACCAAAUAUGUGCCCCAGAUUAACUGUCCAAUAUAUUAUUUACAAGGCCAAUCUUUCCCUUCAAGUUAAAACAAUUGUCACCUGCUCCACAAGAAAUACUUUUUUAUAUAUACUGUAUAGUAAUGUUUGUAUUAUUUACAUGCCUUAAAUCCCUGAGGUACAGGUCCAGAGAGUUUGUUUUUUUGGAUGAUGAUGAUUGACACUUCUCCACUUUGUGUUUUUCAUGUACACGUUGUACAACUUGCUGAACCACAUCUUUUUUUGUACCAUUUUACCUAAAAAAUUGCUCAAAUGGAAAGUUAGAUCAAGAGGUCCACAUUUCCUUGCAUCCUGUGUUAGGUGAAUUAAGCUAUGUACAUUGUAAACAAUAAACUCAGAACCAUAUAUUUUUGUGUUAUUAAAAUGUAUUGAUUUUUUUGAUUAUUCUAUCCUUUUUCAGGUAAAGGCCUGUGGGAUCUACUGGACAGUCAUGUUAUGGAAACCAGAAAAAUGUAAAAUGCAACUGCAAGAUGCCACAGUUUAAGUUCAAUGCUCCUAUUCUGAUUAAGGUUUUAACAUAGUUGCUUUUAGAAUAUUCUUUUUAUGUUCCCAUUUUACACGUUAUAGAACAUAGAUUGAUUAUUGACACACGUCAUUACAUCCCAUGUGAUGUUCCCUACAGAAUUUCACCCAUCAACAUAGGCUACAGUUCCUCUGGAUGAGAGUACGAAGUAAGGACUGGUGGGAGAGAGUUUUAAUGGAAUUUUUUUAAAUGAUGCUGAAUGGAAAGAAAUUUUUUGCAUUUCCUGGAGAUCAUUUGUAAAAUUAUAUUCUGUGAUGGAGGUUGUCAUGAGUCCCCAGGAGGUCACCAUGUGUGCACCUGUGCCUUUGGAGAUGCGGGUGGCAGUGGUCCUGUACUGACUCGGUAGCUGCGGGGAAUACCAAGUAAUAGCUAAUCAAUUUGGCGGUCAAAAAGUUUGAAAUGGUAAUGGAAAGGAAUGGUAUCCUAUGCAAAAAUCUCAUCCUGGUUCCUAGUCUGGAGGAAGCAAAUGAAAUUGCUCACAGAUUUGAAAUGGGAACAUCUCAUUCCACAGAAAAUCGAUGCGUUGACGGGACGCACAUUCUCAUACUUGUGCCAAAAGAAGGAUAACACUGUAUAAGCAAUAAGGUAUGAGAGGCUGUGCUGUAUCAGUGCUAGCCUUGAGUAUCUUUAUUACUUUUAUAAAACGGUUACCACACAAUACAAAUAUUAAAGCCAAAAAAUAUGUAUGAAUGCAACUUUGAUGAAGUAAACUUUCCCUGAAGCUUUCCUUCCACCGGAAAAAAUAGUCCCUGACCAUGAACAGCAACAGAAGUUACAUUAUAAAACCAUUAGAUGGCAGCAAAGACUGUCUUUAUGAGUG